AUGAACGAGCUGAGGACUCUAAGCAAGCUACGCCAUCAGAACAUCAUGGAGUUGGUGGGAUAUUGCAUUGAAGGCGGUAUGAUGUUAGUCUACGAUUAUGUCCCACGAAACCUGUCAAACGUCAUUUUUGGUGAGCAGCCAGUGCAGUUCUUGGAUUGGCCAACAACACAGAAGAUUAUAUUGGACAUAAUAAGGGGACUCGCAUAUCUUCAUGAGGGUGCACAAGUCUGCAUAUUGCAUAAUGACAUUAAACCCAAUAACAUUCUUCUAGAUGAGAACUUCAACGCCAAGAUAUGUGAUUUUGGUCUUGCUAGAAUACUGGAAGCAGAUUGCGCCCAAUAUGUGAACAAGGAGCUUCCUACAAAUUACGAGAUGUUCCUAAGAGACGCAACUGAAUCUGAUACCACUACAUAUAGGGCUGUAGCUGGAACACCGGGUUACCUGGAUCCUGACUAUUUUAGAACCGGUCGUGUGAGUGUGGAAUCCGACAUUUACAGCUUUGGAGUGACGUUGUUAAAUAUCGUAUCUGGCAAAAGAGCAACUGAAUACGUAGAUGACCAGAUGCUCACCCAACACGCGUGGAGGUUACAUGAAGAGGAUCGGCUUCAUGACCUAAUAGACCCUCGAUUACUCAACGGUGAUGGUUUAAUUAAUUCAAGUAGCAUAUCAAGAACACUAAUAACAGCUCUCUGGUGCACUCAUAAUGAAUGCAAGGCACGCCCAUCAGCUUCAGGAGUAUUAAUGAUGCUUUUAUCAGAAGAAAAAAAUUCACUUCCCACCCGGACAGUUGCAGAAAAAGUUUCAGUACCCUAUUUGAAUUUCAACCGUAGUCAAGAAACAAUGUUGAAUGACAAGUAUUUGGAAUCAAGUUACGUAAGAUAUUCCAAUUCCCACCCAAGCAGAUGUCCGGAUUUGAGUUACGUGAAAGACUGGAGUUUUCACACAGAUAUGCUAAGUGGGGAGAGUAGUGAAUAUUGA